GAGCUGGGGCUGCCAGGGCAGAGUAUGGGCAGCAGGUGAAGCUGGGCUGGGGUGAGAGCGGCAGCAGGCCAGAACCAGAGCAGGAGCCAGGGCCGGGAGCUGGAGCAGCGGAGACCAGCCCGGCUGACGGUGAGCCAGGGCCGAGCUACAGGGGCCGCCGCGGGGUCAGAGCCGGGAUAGUGGAUGCUAGCCAGGCCUCAAGUAGUACUGGAACCAAGAGAGGCAGGGGAGAGCAAGGGGCCUGGGCGGAGAGCGCCCAGCAGAAGGAGCCAUCGCCAGAGAAGAGGGCCUCGUAGGCCGGACUCUGAGGGGGGGACAUGACCCCAACAGGAGGCCUGACGCUGGGGAGAAGGGUCCUGCCAGGCAGCCUGAGGGCCUGAAGCCACCAGCAGAGGCUUCUUUGGACAGUAAACUAAUAACUGGCAUCACCUUCAUCUGGUCAUAUGGGUACAAGGAUGGCCUCAUCAAGAACAGCAAGCGGCACUGAUUGAUAAACCCUCAGAACCUGUGGCAGUCUGCAUCAAACCGUUCUGGCAAGUGUGUUACAGUUCAGCCUGUGGGAUGUGAGGAGCUGGCAAUUGAUCUGCAAUUCAACAUCUUACCUAAAUUCCAGAAAAUCAGGAAGAAGAUAUUACAAAACUGGAGUCACCAUUAGGUCAAAAGCACUUCAAAGAAUAUUCUUCUUAGAUGUUUAUAUAAUCUAAACCAGGAACUCUGACAAGGUUUUUGUGCCAUGAAGCUUUUAUUUAAACUCCAGAUUUUUAACUCAAUUUGGACUCUGAAGUCACCUUGUAGAUUCUUCAGUUUAUGUUGCCGAGGAUUUGCCCCUCAAAAUAUCUCUGGCUAUGAAUCCCCGAGCCUCUAUAAAGAUUUGCCAGAGCACUUUAAUUUUGCAAGUGACGUUUUGGACAAAUGGAGUCAAAUGGAAAAGAAUGGAGAGAGAGACUCCUCCAUCCCAGCCCUCUGGUGGGUAGGUGAUCAAGGCAAUGAGGUAAGGUGGAGUUUUGAGGAGCUGGGAUUUCUGUCCAGGAAAGCAGCCAAUGUACUCUCUGAUGCAUGUGGUCUGAAAAAGGGAGACAGAGUUAUAGUGAUGCUACCCCGGAUACCAGAAUGGUGGUCGAUAACAGUGGGCUGCAUAAGAACAGGAAUUAUCUAUAUUCCAGCAACAACCCAGCUGACAGCUAAUGACAUUUUCUAUAGACUCCAGGCUUCUAAGGCCAAAUGCAUCAUUACCAAUGAUACACUGGCACCUGUAGUGGACUCAGUUGUGUCCAAGUGCCAGUUUCUAAAAAUCAGGCUAAUGGUAUCUGAAGGCAGCAGGGAUGGCUGGCUGGACUUCAAGGAACUACUCAAAGCUGCACAUGGUGAUCAUAACCCUGUUAAGACAAAGAGUCAAGAAGCAAUGACUAUCUACUUUACUAGUGGAACCACAGGUUACCCCAAAAUGGUGGAACAUUCUCACAGUAGUUUUGGUAUUGGAAUGACCUCGACUGGAAGGAGAAUAAGAAAUAUCUGUUCUCCCAUCAAGAAGCUGAAACAAAACCAGGUGAGGUUUUGGUUGGAUUUGAAUCCCUCUGACAUAUUGUGGGGCCUGUCUGACCCAGGCUGGGUAAAAUUUGCCUAUGGCUGUUUCUUUUCUCCAUGGAUUCAGGGAGCAUGUAUCUUUACACACAGCAUGCUGCAGUUUGAGGCAACAACCAUCCUGAAUUGUCUGUCCAGAUUUCCUAUAACCUCUUUCUGUGGUACACCAACUGUUUAUCGCAUGCUGGCGCACCAUGAUCUUACCAGCUACAAGUUCAAGAGCCUGAAGCACUGUCUAAGUGGGGGUGAGCCACUCAACCCUGAAGUGAUGGAGAAAUGGAAAAGCAAAACAGGGAUGGAUAUCUAUGAAGGAUACGGCCAGACUGAAACAGUUUUGAUAUGUUCAGUUUGCAAAGGCAUGAAAAUUAAACCUGGUGCUAUGGGAAAGGCAUCUCCACCUUAUGAUGUUCAGGUAAUAGAUGAAAAUGCUAACAUUCUGCCUCCUGGGAAAGAAGGAGAUAUUGCCAUCAGAAUCAAACCAACAAGGCCAUUUUGUCUUUUCUCUCACUAUGUGGAUGAUCCAGAGAAAACUGCUGCAUCAGAACGUGGGGAUUUUUAUAUCACAGGAGACAGGGGCAUUGUGGAUGAAGAUGGAUACUUCUGGUUUGUUGGAAGAGCUGAUGAUGUCAUUUUAUCUUCUGGGUAUCGUAUUGGACCAUUUGAAGUAGAAAAUGCCUUGAUUGAGCACCCGGCAGUAGCAGAAGCAGCUGUUGUCAGCAGCCCAGAUCCCAUCAGAGGAGAGGUGGUGAAAGCCUUUGUUAUUCUGUCUCCUGACGUUGCAUCACAUGAUCCAGAAAAAUUAACUAAGGAGCUGCAAGAGCAUGUCAAAAAGGUUACUGCACCAUACAAGUAUCCCAGAAAGGUGGAAUUUGUUCAACAGCUACCAAAGACAAUCUCUGGGAAAAUCCAAAGGAAGGAAUUAAGGAAGAAAGAGUGGGAGAGAAUUUAGCUUUGUUGUGGAGUUAAGAGCAUACAUUUUUAUUUCUGCUAUAAUCAUUCAUUGCUUCUUCAGGCUAUGACCUGUUCUCUGUUGAUGUGAGAAGGAGCUAGAUAGUAUUUGUGAUGAGGAGCAGGCAUUGUCACUGUUUGCUGUAAUUUGCAAUGUUCUGGGGCUUUGGGAUGGUUAUGAAACUCAGUGGACUUGAUUCUCCUACUUUUUACACUGAUGUAAAUCAAGAGAAACUUCGUUGAAGGCAAUACUGUGAGAGGAGAAUCAGACCCUAAACUCCUCUUUAUCUUUCUGUUUGAUUAUUUUCCAUCUAUGCCUUAUCAUUCAAUACUGACUGUUACACUGCUGGCAAAUGUUGUUUUGUGAAAAUAUUGUACAAUUAUUUUUAAUGGUCAAAUUAGCUUUAUAGAAUACUAGAUAAGUUUUUGAGGUGGUAAUUAUUGCUAUAUUGUCUUCUAUCAGCCACCAUCUUUUUGUGUAUGUUAGUUUAAAAAAAUAAAAGAUUUCCUGGGUUGUGAAA